UUGAUGUACACCUGUAGUAUUUUACUUAAUGUUGCGUUCACAUUGACCCUUUAAUUAGCCUACACGUCACAGUUAACCUGCAACCCGCAAUGUGUUGCUCUAUCAUCCCCUGCCGAGGCACACAGAGAAAUUAAGUUGGGUGACAGCUUUUUUUAUUUGUUACUUUCCACACUCCACUUGUGUCAUGCAAGAAACGUUUCAGUGCUUUUAUUUUUUAGAGCAAAAAUAUUUUUUCUUCCGGUGGCAUUCCGUCUUAUUUUGGUGAACUUGCCGCAAUUCACGGACCGCAGGCUUGCGCCACUUGAUGCCCCCGCAUUCACACUCACGCGCACGCACGCACACACACACACACACACACACACACACACACACACACACACACACACACACACAGAUACACACACAUUCCACCAGUGACUCUCUGUUGUGAUCGCCUUGCUUCCAGAAAGGAAGGACGUGCUUUUGGAUUUAGCAGCCGGUGCCUCCGUUCAGCGAUGGUGUGAGGAGCUGCUACAGGUAAGCUGAGGUUUAAACCGUGUAUUGAGAGAUUUUAGGUUCGAGCGGGCUCAGCAUUCAACAGCUUAUCAGAACCACCGCUGCAUCUUCGCGAAUGACUCACACCGGUAAGACGGGCCACCGGUGCGGUCCAGUGUCUGCGUGCCGGUGCGCCGCUGUGCCGCUCCAGCCGUCGUGCUGCCGUCCCUCCGCUGAGCCCGGGCUGCGCUGGCGUUCAUGGCAGCAGCCUGGUAACGUGUGCUUCUCGCGCGUGGGGAGAUUGACGCUGCUGUCGCUUGGCUAAUUUAACCAUUCAGCUGUAACGUCACGUAUUUUUUUAAUUUAUUUUUUCAUAAAAUAUGGCGGAAAAUCUGCGUGUUAAUCCUGACACAUCUGUCAGAGAUGAAGCUAAUAUACAACGCGCCGUCCAUUUCGUGUCAGGUGAAAGUUUGUGGAUUGAUUGACGCGGUGGCACUUCACUGUCGCGCUGUUUGUGGGAGAAAACAGCGUUGACAGGAAGCCAAAGCGUCACCUGCUCCUUGUAUUGAGACAACUGGAGUUAAUGUGAGACCAGUUUUACAGAGAUGUCAAUCCCUUCCAGUUAGCGACAACUCUGCAAUGAUGGGGAUUUAAAGGAGGGUCUGCAGCUCUCCUCUCAGGGACAGUCUUCUGCAGCCGUUCUCUGGUCACGGGCCUGCCUGGCAUCUCUCAUCCAUAUCAUUACUCUUUCCAUCCACCCAUCCUUACCCCUGUCAUGAAAGGCCUGUCCAGUAGUCGGAGUCACCAUCAUGUGGUCUCCUAUGAGCCAUCAUAUGAUCCACUGGGUCACCAUGUUGACCGCAAGCCAUAUUUGAUCAGUCAGAAUGACAUACCUGUACCCAUUCCCAUGCCGCAUCCAGCUGAGCUGUCCUACUACAAUGCUCAGCGUACCUCGUACCCCUCUGACAGCAACAGCAUCGUCCCAUAUGGAACCUUCCCAAGGAGGUGCCACUCCACCUCCUCAUCUCACCAUCCUGAGGUAAAGGAUGAGUGUAUGGCCAUGGUACCAUAUGUAGGAGGAGGAGGGGGAGGAGGAGGUGGAGGAGGCUAUGGAGGUAAAACGCCCACCCGGGUACCAGCAAACUUUGCGGACCCGUUUGAGCGUCAGCCAUCAUUUUCCAGAGAUGGCUACCAUACACUGCAAUACAAACGAGGAGUGUUGGCCCACAGUGGGGGGAUGGGGGCCAACAACAACAACAAUGACAGCCCAGGGAGAAUUCGCCACCUGGUCCACUCAGUCCAGAAACUCUUUACCAAGUCACAUUCAUUGGAGGGCCCACACCACACACAGUCCUCCAAGGGGGCCAAUGGGAGCGUUAAUGGUGGUGGUGGUGGUGGUGGUGGAGGAGGUGGUGGUGGUGGUUCAAGGGCCAGCCCAGAAGGUGAAACUCCACCAGUGGGAGUGCGCCACAGGAAGCGCAGCAAGAGCCGUGAGCGUUGUCGAUCAGCAGAGCCCAAGCAUCGAAGCCACCACCACCACCACCACCAGCUCCACGGCUCAGCAUCUGCUCCGGGCUCCGGAUAUUGGAGCUCAGAUGACAACCUGGAACGGGAGCUGUGUCUCUACCACCCUCACCACCACCAACCUCCACCCUCACCCUCACCCUCCAUUUCCCCCUCACCCAUCGCCAUGACAAUGGGCCGGUACCCCGGCAAUAACCCUGACAAGUUCCCCCAGACUCCCCUCCCCAGUCUCUCCUCCUCGCAGUCCCAGCAGUACUUCAUGAUGGACCCUUACUCCACACUCAACGAACACACACACACCCACGCACACCAUGGCCACACACACCACCAUCCUGCACUCAAAGCCUCCCGGAGCAACAACGAUGUGAAGUAUGCGGCGUCGUCGGCAUGUGUGCCAGUUAGUGGUAGCAGCAAUAACAGCGGUGGCGGUAUCGGUGGAGGAAGUGGCCCCUUGCUGCCACUGGGUCUUGUGGACGGGCCUCUUGUGAAGAAAGGGGCAUGGUCGUCGAGCCUAACGGUGAGCAGGGCCCGAGAGGUCUACACCAACAACAGCAGCCACAACCAGCUUCGAGCCAGCGCAGGAUCCGGUAACCUAAACCUAGAUAGAGCUCUAGUCAAAUCUAAGGGCAGUCAGCAACAGGAGCGCUCUUGCCAUUUCUUACAGGUACCUCAGGACGAGUGGAGCGGCUUCUCUCCUUUGGGGAAGGAGGACGACAUCCCAUGUCGAAGGAUGAGGAGCGGCAGCUACGUCAAAGCCAUGGCUGAGGACGACAGUGGAGACUCAGACGGGAGUCCAAAACCCUCACCGAAGAUCCAGGCACGCCGGGCCAGUUACCUGAAAGCCACACAGCCAUCGCUCACUGAGAUGACCACUCUACAGAUUUCAACGGAGCAUUCCCCCAAACUGCAGAUCAGGAGCCACAGUUACCUGCGUGCGGUGAGUGAGGUUUCAAUCAAUAGAAGCCUGGAUACCCUGGACCCCAAAACCCUCCUCGACCCCAAAUCGCUGCUGUCCUCACCCCAAUACCGCUCACGAAAUGAAAGCUACAUGAGAGCCAUGAGCACCAUCAGUCAGCUGAGUGAGGUGGAGGUGAAUGGUCAGAUUGAGCAAGUGUGUGAGCAGGUCUACAGUGAGAUGCAGGCCCAGGCCAUGGAGGCUGCCAUGGACAGCAUGGACACCAUGGACACUCUGCCUAUGCCAGGGUGCUUCAGGAUGCGAAGCCACAGCUACGUUAGGGCGAUCGACCAGGGCUGUGCUGGGGAAGAGGAAGGAGAAGGGGGGAGGCCUCUGCUUCUGCUGCCAUCCUCCCCACCACGCACAUCUGCUACCACCGUCAGAACCAUCCAGAGCAGCACAGUUUCAUCUUGCAUCACCACCUAUAAGAAAACUCCUCCACCAGUGCCACCCCGGACCUCCACCUGCUCAACAGCCUCCAAGCCCUACAUCUCGAUCACAGCACAGAGCAGCACAGAGUCAGCACAGGAUGCAUACAUGGAAGAGGAGGGACCGAGAGGUGACAUGACCAUCCAAUCAGGGCUCAGUAACUCAACAGAAAGCAUUGACAGCAUGAAGGCAUUGACAGCUGCCAUAGAAGCUGCUAAUGCACAGGUCCAUGGGCCUGCCAGCCAACAUGUCAGUAACAGCACCAUGACAGUCAGCACCCCUACCCCAAUUUUGACAAGGAGGCCCGUUGUUGAGGACCACCGGGAUGAUUACAGGAAAGAAGCACUCAGGAAGGGCAAAUGUCUCUCCAUAGGCAUCCAGGUGGAUGGACCAGAGGAGAUUCCGGAUCCAGAGGACCCAUCCAAGUUCACCUCUGUAGGGGUGCAAGUGGAGGAUGACAGAGGGUAUCGUCGGUUCCAGCGCUCCAACAGUGUGACAGCAGCUGUACAGGCAGAUCUGGACAUGCCGGACAUGCUGGACACCCCUCUAGACUCCCCGGACACUGACAUGGAAGUCCUGUCAUCUGGUGCCCUCUCUCGGCAAUAUUCUCGCGAUGCCACCACCUCCACCGUCAGCAUCCAGGGCUCAGGGAACCACUACCACGCCUGUGCCUCUGAUGAAUAUGAGGAUGUAGGCUUUGACCCGUCCAUCCUCCCCCCUCCAGAUCCCUGGAUAGACAGUGUAUCAGAUGACCCACUUGAUGUCAACUUCAACAGCUCUUCUAUUUUGGAGGUGGUGCAGCGGUCAGUGUGUCAGAGAGAUGGACGCUGGUUUCUGAAGCUGCUGCAGGCAGAGACUGACCGACUGGAGGGAUGGUGUCGACAGAUGGAGCUCGACCAGCGGGAGAAUGCCCUGCCUGAAGAUAUCCUCGGAAAGAUGAGGAGUGCUAUAGGAAGUGCUCAGCUCCUGAUAUCCCAGAAGUUCCAACAGUUCAGGGAGCUGUGUGAGGAGAAUCUGAACCCCAACGCCCACCCUCGACCUGUUUCCUCAGACCUGGCUGGAUUUUGGGAUAUGCUUCAGCUUUCAAUCGAGAACAUAAGCCUCAAAUUUGAUGAGCUUCACCAGCUCAGAGCCAACAACUGGAGACCCUUGGAUCCACCUGAGAGAAAGGCUUUCUUUCAGAUCAACAACCAUACUCAUGGACAGGAGAGGCGUCUUCCACCUCCAGUGCCAAAAAAGCCACCCAAGGGCCCCCACCACCACCCGCCUCUGGCCAGAGAUCGUUCACUGGAGAGCUCAGAGAAACAGCGGCAGGAGGCCAGGAAGCGCCUGAUGGCUGCCAAAAGAGCUGCGUCCGUACGGCAAAACUCAGCCACGGAGAGCGCUGACAGCAUUGAGAUCUACAUACCUGAGGCUCAGACACGGCUAUGAGGACAUUACCAGGGGCACACACAGGGCUGACAAGCAGUACUACACUAAACACAACACAACAAAAAAAUGUAUGGUUGUCCACACCAACGCACAGUAGGGGUGUAUCUGAAUUAGAUGCAUUGUUUGGAUAUGCACAUCUUAUGACUUGACUCAUUGCACUUUUGUUUUAGAUAUAGCUGCACCACUGUUCACAAAGCAGCACAGAAUGAAAGCAUGUCAGGCUGUAAACUUCUACAAAUGAAACUGAAAAAUGAAAAUGACUGAAUGACUGAAUCAAUUGGCCAUAACCUGGCAGAGCUGUCCAAACCUUUGAUCCACCAAGAUUUUAUAGUGUAGGCCCAAAAUUUAUACACAGGCGGCGUAUCGGUAUUGUCGGAGUGCUGCAUUGGAAUACACUCUAAUAGUUGAGGGCAAUUAUCACAUUUUGUAAAGCCACACCCUCAGUGUUCUCCAUAACAUGUGGACCCAUCAUUAGACAAAAUCACUCCCUAAUUGGGUUGAAACAAAACCCAGAUGAUCUAGCUUCAGCCACAUUAAAUUCCAUAUUUUCUUAGAUCUUGACUCUGAGCAUUCUCAUGAUCAUGAUCAGAAGAGUUAAAGCAGCAACCUUGUUGUCUCCAACUUGGUUAAGGUCAGAGAAAGACUGCACUGGUUAGUGUUAAAGGGGCAAUUUGUAAGAUAUGGACAGAGUUUUAUAUAUUAAAAAAAAUGUGAGUGUGAAACAGCAGUGUAGAUGUUAUGUCAAAAACAUCUAUGUACAGUGAUGUCUACUGAGGAGAUGUCUGCUGCAGUUAGCAUGCUAACCAGCUAGCCCAAUCCUCUCAUGUCUCCUAAUACCAUUAUGUACCACAACAGGUGCUGGCCUGAUAGCCCCCUUAGUUUCAGCUGGGAGAUGCAGGCGAGCGAUGACUUUGCUACUUAUUCUAAUACAUAAACAAAAUAAUCUGUAAGCUCUAUGGCCUGAGCGGGAGAAGCACUGCAGCGCAUAUUCAGUGAGUGGCAUAACCACAAAGUAAACCCAGAAGUUAAAAGUGUUUUUGGCAUGCAUUCUUAUUGGACUGAAUAGGCUAUUUGUGGGUUCACUAUCCAAUCGUAUUAUGUCAGACUCCCAUCAGCUAAUAGGGCCACUUAGCUCCAUGGCUAUCUAAGCUACUCUCUAAGAGCAGCUAGUCACUGCAGCCAAAAUAGAGCAAUGGCAAAGAAUAUAGUGAGCAUCAGUAAAUGGUUAUGCUCUCCCCUGUAGUUUUUUUAACUACCCUCAGUUUCUGGCUAUAUUUUACAAAUUACCCCUUUACGGCAUUGGUAUGUUUAAAAUAAGGUCCUUGUUGGAUCAUCUAUGAGUUUCUGAAUACAAGAUCAGCGGGGCAAUGGGAUGCACCAAGGGGAAAACUAUGAUGAAGAGCGUAGAACAGUUAGAAGUUCUUAGACAUGGUCACAUAAGCUAGUUUGUUUGAAGCUUUGAAUACUGGCAGUAGGGUGGAUGUCAUCCAGCACGCCUCUGGUGUCAAAGACGCUUUGUGCACCCAAGAGUCCACAAAAGAUGAAACAUGUUGAUGCUGCACAGAGGUGGAGGAUUGUUUUCAGGUUUGACUUUUUGUAGAUGCUGAAGGUUUUGUCUUUGGGUCUUGUAAUAUUACACAAACAUGUACAUGUACAGGAGUGAUGGACAACCUUACACACACACACACACACACACACACACACACACACACACACACACACGCACGCAGUAGUAGACACACAAUCAUUACCCUGUGUCAUAUGAAAACCCUCACAUAAGUGUACUGCACACAUCAGCACUCACAGGUAAUUCUUUCAGGUCUUGUGGCUGUAUGAACACUGCAGGCUUGUAAUAUAAAAACAGUGUUUCUCUCUUCCCUCUGGAGAAGAGAACGCCAUGAUCACUGUUUAUCUUUCGUUCUCCUGUCUAUCUCCACACCACAUCAGCUCUUUAUUGAACAUAUGAGCCCCCCCCGAUCAUUAUUAUUACGAUCACUUUUAUGUUUCACAGCUCUAUUAUUGGUUCACAAGGACUCUUAAGGGGCACAAAUAGAAGCCAUCAGACAGCUUUUAACAGUGUUUUCUAAUCUUGUUCAAAAUCAAAAUGGAGAUUUGUUUUAAAACUGUCAGAUGGCUCAUGCCCCUUUUUUAUUUUAACACUUAAGUUUUCAAUAACCAAAACUACAAAAAUUACGGUUGUAAAUAAACAGAAUUUUAACCCUGCUUGUGUCACACAGAAAGCCAUCAAGUGAAUUAUUAAGUGCUGAUACUGUCAGAGACACUGUGUUAUUGGGGGAACAGUACCUAUCAUGCUGGGAAAUUGUCUGCUUUGGGCGUUUGGAUGAUCACCGACUGUGCAUGGGUCACACACUGGCUGUCCUCUUUGUUUUGAUCCUAACGUCCCUUCUCCCUCUUGGAUACCAAGAUGAUUCGUCUUUUACAGGGUACAUUUACACUUAAGCAAUACUUAGUUGAGAUAGUGACUUUUAAAUUAAUACUCAAAGAUUUAUUAUAUAACACAAGACCCAAUGAUUAAUUGGAUGGAAUGAGACAUCUCAUGGCAUCUCUGAAGUAGCUCCUCUAGUUGUAUGAUGAAGAUUUUUUUAUUUUAAUGAUGUUUAAAUACAGUGUUUUUCAUUGGAUAAACACAUAGAUAAUAAGACAAGCCUUGUCUAUGAAGGACUGAAACUGCCUGAGACUUAAAAUGAAUAAAUGGCCCAAUAAUUACAUUUUAUGCCAAUAAAUGCACCAAAGAUUAUAUCAGAAAUAAAUGAAGGCAUUACUUUAUGAAAUGUGACAUUAUAAUUCUGUAUUAAUUUGUGUAUUUAUUUUUGCUUUAUUAUGAUUAUUUUGUUAUUGUUUUUUUAAAACAAAUAGGGAAAUAAACAAAUACAGAAUUUAAUAAAUAGGUCAGCAAAUAUAGCAGCAAAAAGAAAUAUCAAUUUAUGGCUUCUGUAAAUAAAGCAAUCCCUACAUUUAUUGUUAGUAAUAUUUGUGGUGCGUUUAAUAUAAUAAUAAUCUAACUUAUUAAUUGAGACAUUUAUUUCUUUUUUUUUUAUUUGGGCAGUAUCAGUCCUCCAUGCUUUUAGAUGUAAAAAGAUUGUAAUUUGAAACUGGUAAUAAGACAGAUAUGAUCUUCUGGCUGUUAAAAAAGAAAUAAAUAUCAAAGCUGUAUGUCUCUUGUUGUUAUAAAGCCAUCAGACAAAAAGGGCUGAAAAUCUAGCCAGUAGUAGUAAUCCAGUAGAUGACAAACAAGAGCAUAAAGGGACCUGGGAUUAAUUCAAAGGUUUCUGAACAAAAUGGCAGAUUGAAUGAUUUUCAGAAGUAUUGUUUCAGUAUUACCAAUUACACAACAGAUUACAGUGCAUCUUUUGACCAGUUUUUAAAACAGCGUAACACUUUUAUCUGCUGUAUAAUAAUUUAAACUUUUUUACACUGAUGCAAUGGUUUUUGCAGCAGGAGGCAGGUUUGAGUAAAACAUUCUGCUCCAAAUGUUAAUGAGAGGUAACUGUAUUCUUCUUACUGAGAGCCUGGUCACAACAAACAUUCCCUCACAUUCCGAUGUGAUUGCAGGCAGUGGCACAGGUUCACCAUCAGCAACAAGCUAGCUGUAUCACACACAUGCCAACCAUGAAACAUGAAGAAUCUGCUGAGCUAAAAAGAUGGCUUCCUUCAUUUUGGAAUCUGUAUCUGAAUACAGUAUCCUCAUCAGAGGUCAGGAGAGUCUUUGCCGCUCAUUUACAGAGCCCUUUCACAAGAAUUCCACAGCAAUUUAAAUGUGAAAACAGUCAACUACUCAGUAUGAUGAAACACAGAAAAGCAAGAGGGGUUGGUCCAGCCUAAAAACUCAAAAAACAAAACAUGCUGAUUUGCAAAUGUUUGUACCUUGAUCUUUUUUAGUAAGUGUGACCAGGCUCUCAGUUGCAUAGAAAUCCUGUGAUGGGCGACUUAAGUCAACUGCUCAGAGUGUGCUGAAGGUUUGCCAUAACUGGUCUCUUUGAACUCAUUUUGACUAUACCCUUAAGGAGCUGUUGUCAGGGGCAAAUGUUUUUUAUUUAUUUAUUUAUUUAUUUAUUUUAUCUUUGUUCCUGUGUAUGAAAGAAGUGAAAGAAUGGAAACCAUUGCACCGUUCCAUAAAGAAAAGGUUUACAGACUUCCAGAGAUGAGAGGUUUAUCAUUGGAAUUAAGUAGCAGUUGAUAAUAAGUUUUUGUCUGUGAGUGUGUCAUUUUCAUGAAUCACAGUGUUUGUCUGGACUGGAUGACAAAACUUUGCUUCGCCAUCAAUCUUGUGCAUUAGUCACCUGAAAGACAGUGUGGCUGGAUGACAGAAAUACAAUUUGAAAUAGUCUUGUUUUGGUUAAAGUCACAAAACUAAAAUGUAUCUUUGCUUUAUUUGUUUGUGUUUAUUUUAAAGACAUGCGUUCAGCAGUCCAAAGUCGAUAAAAAGACAUUCCGUUUUUUGAUUCAGGGAUCUGGUAUGUGAAUUUUUCCGCAACAUUAUUGACUUUUUUCUCUCCUCUGCAUAAAUCACCAAAAGGAAAAAUAAUUUCUUGGAUACUAUGCAAGCAACGAUACCACUGCUCUAUAUAUUUCUCUAGAAUAUGAAAUUUAACUUACUAACCAGACAGACCUGUAAUGUACAGCCUGUUCUCACCCCCAGUGCGUUAAGUUGGAGCAGCAUGGUCAGUGGCCUCACACAUUUAGGUCUGACAGUGUAGCUACUCCUCUAGUGCCACUUGUGACUCAGAGUCAAGAGUGAUUAGUUUUUUUCUCGUAAAUAAGUCAUUUAACAUUCGUAAUUGAUGUAACUUAUGUUAUGUAAGACAUGUACUUACGUCACUCCAUUACUGUUGAUGGAACAUUGUUAUUUGAACCCUAAACCUAACCAAACUGUGACGGUGAUAACAGCAUAAAAGUCAUAGUGAGGUCAUAAUAAGUAAACUGCUUGUUAGCAAGCAGCAUUUUACUUGACGUCCAAGACUGACACUAGAAUAGGGUAGCAAGAGCAUCAUAGUACAAGGCCAAUGACCAAGCUGCCAUAUUUGAUGAGUUGGGAAUAAGAAAGUGUUGUAAUAUAUGCCUCUACCGCUUCAAAUGAUCAUGAUCGCACACAUUAUGGUAUAUUUAAAUAUCAUUCUUACAAUUAAUAUUAGCAUAGUUUAAAAUCUGAGCAUUAUAAGUCCAACACAAUUAUAAAUCGUAUCCUGAAAUCUUCAUGACACUCACUCAUCCUAUGAAAAAACAAAUGUCUUCUGUGUCUUUGAACGAUGUCACAGUGAUUUCAUCAGGGUUAUCUCAGUUUGUCAUCAAAGACUGCAGGUUACAAAAAACGCCUUUGUAACUAACUGGUGAUGUAGAGUUCGAAAGAUUUGUGUCCCAUUGUCCAAGCAGUGUGAGUCUCACAAGUUGCAAAUUAUGGGAAAUGUAGGAUCCUGUAGGAUUUUUUUUGAUUUGUCCCCCCACUUUAAUGCAAAUGAAAAACUAAAUGGCUGGAGUGCCCCUUUAAUCCAAAGAAGAAGAAAAAACUCACAGGUCAAGCAAAGAAACAAGCAAGAAGCAAUUAAAAAGCACACCAAACAUACCUGUAUUUAGCUUGGAAUUAUCACUAUCUGUAUGUUCAUACAGUGAACACACCAACCGAGGACUGACUUUGGUCACAGAGGUGAAUCAAAGCGCAGUACAGAUGAGAAACUGCUGUCAGUUACUGCUACACUUUAAUAGACUCUCUGAUCAGAGUAAUAAAGUACCAUAAGAAGACAUUACAAAUCCAUCUGGAGUUCAUAUUCCAUAGUUCAACUCCACACCUGGCUUCAACAAUGUCAAAGAAAACAUCUUUGCGGCCAAGAUGAUUUUCUUUGAGCCACUAAAUGUUUAUCUGUGAUAAUACCAUUUAUACUAUACUACUACUACUACUACUACUACUACUACUACUUAUGACAACAUUUAUUGUGAUGACCUCUGAUAUAACUGCCAUUCAUUUCUCCAGAUCAAGACUCUGGAAAUCAAGGGUAGAAUUUACAGGAUUCUGUAGACUAUUCUAAUAUGAUGAUGAUGAUGAUGAUGAUGAUAAUGAUGAUGAUGUGUUGUUGAUGAAAGUAUUCUGUAUUUAUUUUCUUCUUUUGUAAAAAUUAGUUAUGCGUGUGUGUGUAUGGGGAGGGCAUGUAAUUUUGUACAGGAGCAGAUUACCUCUGUGUUUAAAUGAUGAUGACAGUGACAAUGACAGUGAGCCAUAUUCAAUGUGAAGUACCCUUCUUAUCAUGAGGAAAGGGCCAUACAGAUGCUGAAAGUUUUGUUUUUACAUUUACCAUUUAUUAAAUCAUUUUUUUUAGUGUUACAGUAGCAAGCUUACUGUCUGUGUGUUUGGGAGGAACAGUAGAGCAGAAACAACAUAACAUGAAUGAGAACCAGGGGAAACAGGAAGAUAAGCACAUAGGGAAUCUUAAGUCUCUAUAUCAGGAUCUUGAAUCGUUUAAAAUGAAAACAUUCAGACACGAUGACUCUCAUUAGAGUAGAACACCUGGCUUCCUUGUCUCAGAUACAAAAUGGUUGCCAGUUAAUGGCCAAACUUUACAUCUGUGGUGUCAAAAAAGACAAAUGUGACUAAAUCUGUGGAGGAUCAGGGUUGCCAAUGCUGAAAAACUUUUUUUUUUUUUUUUUUUAAUCAAACUGACAUUUUUUUCAUGUAAAUGUUAAUUUGUGAAUGUGUCAUUAAUUAAAUUAACAUGUGAAUAUAUGAAAUGACUGCCAAAAAAAAGAUUAACUCCUUUGACAAAUGAUUUCACAUAUCACUCGAAAAAUUGCACAACUCUUAAAUAAAAUGUGAUGGAAAAUGGAGGUUAUGUUUCCAAAUUGGCCAAAAUUGUGCCACCAAAAUUAGAAAAGGAAAUUGCAAACUUGAAUUUACAAUAAGAAAAGGUUUAAGAAUGAGUUAUUUAGAAAUAGGCACGCUCUUUGGACUAAUGUCAGACAAGCUGAAUUUGAGUGCACUUACCUAAGUUUAGCUUAUUCUGCAAAUUGUAAUGAGAUACAACUUUAUACAGAAGAAAAAAGUCAUUUUGUUUAGAAAAUGAAAUUAAAAAAAAGUAUUUUCUUAAGGUAAUUAGUUAAAGGGCCAAAUUGUAUAUGUUUGGUUUUGUUUUUCCAAUUUGAAAAUAUUAAACAUUAAACAUCAAUUUUUACAGUCGUUAUCAGCUUCUCCUGGUAUGCCUCACAAUUCUUCAAUAGAAAUAUCAAAACAUUCUGGCACUGAUUAGAGAUUUUAUAACAUGAAAGUUGAACACAUUUUUUUAAUUGAGCUUUAAAUUUAGUCAUACAUAAUAAAUGCACUAAUGGAAAAUACAACUGAACUUUUGUAAUGAUUUAACAUUUUUUAAAGUUGGCAGUCCUGGACUUCCAUAGCACCGCCUUGGAUGUAAUGCUGCUGUAAUUUCAACCAAUGGUACGCUUGAGCUAGCUUUGUGUGCUUUGUUUUCCUCAGGAAGAAAGGGGAAACGUCUAUAAAAUCAGGGUCUCCCAGACGUGGUUGUCUGUUACUCAAAUGUGUGUGUGUGUGUGUGUGUGCGAGAGUCUAUUUGUUAUCAAGUUUGUAUGCAUUUCAUAUGUAUAUAUGACCAUAACUGAAAAUGCACUGUGGGUGUGUGAGGUCUCUAUAAAGUGCUUCCUGAGUCCCUUGUUUUCUAUGUCAGGCCUUUCCUCAGUACGGUCUAGUAGCCUCAUAGAAUCAUUCUGUAUAUGAACUCUCAGCUCAUACAUACGACAGAUCUCCUGUGUUUGUACAGAAAAUAGUUGAGGAUGUUUCAUGACGCAUGCAGACACAAUAUUAGUACUUAUGAAUCUAUAUCUCAGUUGAAAACAUGUAUUUGGUUUAUUUACGCCCUUAUUUAUUGAUUUUUUUUAAAACUAUGAGAUUCUGUUGAAGUGGUCUGUCAUGCUCUUCUGAUCUUAUGUUGUAUUGUAAAGAGAUGAUUAUAUGUCCAUAACUAUUGAUAAACCCAUAAUAAAAUUAACUAUCAACUCUU